CAUGCAAAAGCUAGCAAUCUAUGUUUAUAUUUACCUGUUCAUGCUGAUUUCAGUUGAUCCGGUGGCUCUUGAUGACGGUAGUCAGCCCACAGAGAACACUGAAAAAGAUGGACUGUGCAAUGCUUGUACGUGGAGACAGAAUACAAAAUCCUCCAGAAUAGAAGCCAUAAAAAUUCAAAUCCUCAGCAAACUGCGCCUGGAACAAGCUCCUAACAUUAGCAGGGAUGUUAUUAAACAACUUUUACCCAAAGCUCCUCCACUCCAGGAACUGAUUGAUCAGUAUGACGUCCAGAGAGAUGACAGUAGUGAUGGCUCUUUGGAAGACGAUGACUAUCAUGCCACCACCGAAACGAUUAUCACAAUGCCUACAGAGUCUGAUUUUCUCGUCCAAAUGGAGGGAAAACCAAAAUGUUGCUUCUUUAAAUUUAGCUCUAAAAUACAAUAUAACAAAGUAGUAAAGGCACAAUUGUGGAUAUACUUGAGGCAAGUCCAAAAACCUACAACAGUGUUUGUGCAGAUCCUGAGACUUAUUAAACCCAUGAAAGACGGUACAAGAUAUACUGGAAUUCGAUCUUUGAAACUUGACAUGAACCCCGGCACUGGUAUUUGGCAGAGUAUUGAUGUGAAGACAGUGUUGCAAAACUGGCUCAAACAGCCGGAAUCCAAUUUAGGCAUCGAAAUAAAAGCUUUUGAUGAGAAUGGACAAGACCUUGCUGUAACUUUCCCAAGACCAGGUGAAGAUGGAUUGAACCCGUUUCUAGAGGUCAGAGUUACAGACACACCGAAAAGGUCCCGCAGAGAUUUUGGCCUUGACUGUGACGAGCACUCCACAGAAUCCCGAUGUUGUCGGUACCCGCUGACAGUGGAUUUUGAAGCUUUCGGCUGGGACUGGAUUAUUGCCCCUAAAAGAUACAAAGCAAAUUACUGCUCCGGAGAGUGCGAGUUUGUGUUCUUACAGAAGUACCCACACACUCACCUCGUGCACCAAGCCAACCCCAGGGGUUCGGCAGGCCCUUGUUGCACACCCACCAAGAUGUCCCCCAUCAACAUGCUGUACUUCAACGGGAAGGAACAAAUAAUAUACGGCAAGAUCCCGGCCAUGGUUGUAGAUCGCUGUGGGUGCUCAUGAGGUCGUCGUUAGAUCCACCACUUCGUAUAUUGUGGAAGCUACCAAAAGAAAAAGUUAUACCCCCUCACCAACCAGUCUUUGAAACUGUGAAGUUACGUACACAAGGCAUUGCCGACAUCCUACAUACUGUAUGAUAGGCUAUCGUACAGAUUCAGUGCAGCACCAGCUACAGAAUGUGAACUAAAGGACGAUAGAGUUA